GAGCGGCUGCGCGGCGGCCGGAGGCGGGGCCGCGGCCGCGCUCGGCGGGCCUGGCGCUCGGCUCCGCCCCAGUCAUGGCCCUGCUCGUACCCGGUGUGUCUGUGCUCUUGCUGCUCGGGGCCUGGGCCCCGGCGCUUGGUAGCGCCUUCUCCGAGGCGCUGCCGCUGGUCAACGAGGAAGUGAAGCGCACGGUGGAUCUGAGCAGCCACCUGGCCAAGGUGACGGCCGAGGUCGUCCUGGCGCACCCGGGCGGCGGUUCCACGUCCCGGGCCACCUCCUUCCUGCUGGCUUUGGAGCCCGAGCUCGAGGCCCGGCUGGCGCACCUCGGCGUGCAGGUGAAAGGAGAAGAAGAGGAAGAGAACAAUCUGGAAGUACGAGAAACCAAAAUUAAGGGUAAAAGUGGGAGAUUCUUCACGGUCAAGCUUCCAGUUGCUCUUGAUCCUGGAUCCAAGAUUUCAGUCAUUGUGGAAACAGUCUACACCCAUGUACUUCAGCCGUAUCCAACCCAGAUCACCCAGUCAGAGAAACAGUUUGUGGUGUUUGAGGGGAACCAUUAUUUCUAUUCUCCUUACCCAACGAAAACACAAACCAUGCGUGUGAAGCUUGCCUCCCGAAACGUGGAGAGCUACACCAAGCUGGGGAACCCUGCGCGCUCUGAGGACCUCCUGGACUAUGGGCCUUUCAGAGAUGUCCCUGCCUAUAGUCAGGAUACUUUCAAAGUACAUUAUGAGAACAACAGCCCUUUCCUGACCAUCACCGGCAUGACCCGUGUCAUUGAGGUCUCUCACUGGGGUAACAUUGCUGUGGAAGAAAACGUGGACUUGAAACACACAGGGGCUGUACUGAAGGGCCCUUUCUCACGAUAUGAUUACCAGAGGCAGCCUGAUAGCGGGAUAUCCUCCAUUCGUUCUUUUAAGACCAUCCUCCCUGCUGCCGCCCAGGAUGUUUAUUACCGGGAUGAGAUUGGCAACGUUUCCACCAGCCACCUCCUGAUUUUGGACGACUCUGUAGAGAUGGAAGUCCGGCCUCGCUUCCCUCUCUUUGGCGGGUGGAAGACCCACUAUAUCAUUGGCUACAACCUCCCAAGCUAUGAGUACCUCUAUAAUUUGGGGGACCAGUACGCACUGAAGAUGAGGUUUGUGGACCACGUGUUUGAUGAGCAAGUGAUAGAUUCUCUGACUGUGAAGAUCAUCUUGCCUGAGGGGGCCAAGAACAUCCAAAUUGAUAGUCCCUAUGAAAUCAGCCGUGCCCCAGAUGAGCUGCACUACACCUAUCUGGACACAUUUGGCCGCCCCGUGAUUGUGGCCUACAAGAAAAAUCUGGUGGAGCAGCACAUUCAGGACGUUGUGGUGCACUACACCUUCAAUAAGGUGCUCAUGCUGCAGGAGCCCCUGCUGGUGGUGGCCGCCUUCUACAUCUUGUUCUUCACGGUCAUCAUCUAUGUCCGGCUGGACUUCUCCAUCACCAAGGAUCCGGCUGCAGAAGCCAGGAUGAAGGUGGCCUGCAUCACAGAGCAGGUCCUGACGCUAGUCAACAAGAGAAUAGGCCUCUACCGGCACUUUGAUGAGACCAUCAAUAGGUACAAGCAGUCCCGGGAUGUCUCUACCCUCAACAGUGGCAAGAAGAGCCUGGAGACUGAACACAAGGCCUUGACCAGUGAGAUCGCUCUGCUGCAGUCCAGGCUAAAGACAGAGGGCUCUGAUCUGUGUGAUAGAGUGAGCGAAAUGCAGAAGCUGGACGCGCAGGUCAAGGAGCUGGUGCUGAAGUCAGCAGUGGAGGCCGAGCGGCUGGUGGCAGGCAAACUCAAGAAGGACACCUACAUUGAGAACGAGAAGCUCAUCUCGGGAAAGCGCCAGGAGCUGGUCACCAAGAUUGACCAUAUCCUCGAUGCUCUGUAACCCCUGCCUGCUGGCCUUAGGCUAGGCCCAGGUGCCUGUAACUUUCAGAUGGCAUGUGGGGCGGGGGAGCUGAACACUGAGGCCAUCGAAGGCUGGCAUCUAUAUUGCAAAAGGUCUUUGAGGAAGAGAAGCCAGGGCCUGCCUCAGACAGGGCAAGAAGCUUCUCCCUUGUCCCUCAUUCUUUUCUUUAUUUUUUUUAAAGUUAAAGAAAAAAAUCCCAUUAAAAGGAAAACACCUUUGUAUUUUGAACAAAGGAAUUUUUAAUAGUUGAUCGGUAUUGUUCUAUCCUGGAGCCUAGGAUAUUUUUUCCAGUUUGUAAGCCUUCUAUUUUAUGCUUUUCUAAUUCCUGAUAUUUGGGUGUUUUGUGUGUAUGUGUGUUUUUGUUUUUUAGAAAAGUGUGUGUGAACAAAUGGAAAUAAAGCAGGGACUGUGAA